AACGAGGGUUCUCCAAGCCCUCGAGUUUCUGAUUGCUAGUUAGAGCUUUUAUUGAUUUCUGAAGAUUUUUAAUUUCUUAAGAGGAUUAACUUUCUCUGUGAGCAUCGAUUAGUUAUACUGAUGAUAAAAUGUUUGAAGUACAUUGCAAAUGCACGAAGAUGACAAUCUGGAUUUGAUUCUGCACUUCUUAAUUUAAGGCAGAUCAAUAACGUGUAAAUGUACAGUAAAUCAUUGUCAGCUUAAAUGUAUAAUGGUAAAGUGACAUUUUCAAGAUAACAAGCAACCAGGAAGAAGUCAUUUUUUAUGGAACAAACCACAGAAGGUACUACCAAGAAAUUCCUGUACUCUGGGCCCAAGAAAGAUGCGUCUGGAGAAGAACAGUGGAUAUUUACUCCACGCAAGGAGAACAACCCAGUGUCAGCUCCCAAGUUUGACAUGGAUGAUGUGUGGAGUAUAAAGAAAAAUGUGUCUGCUAAUGGUGGACUUCUGAACUCCACAGACGGCCUGAAUCUCAAGGCCAAUUCUACGUACUAUUCCAGGUACGGAGGAAUAAAAGAUAAAAAUGACUCCAGAUUUGGAUCACCAAACUCCACCAAGAGCAGCAAUGCUCAGGGUAGUACAUCCACCUGGAAUUCUAACUAUACAUCCAAGGGUUUUAGCUACAGCCUGAACAGUAAGGACAACACCCCCCAAGCCACACCUCGCAUGGGGCGCAAUAACAACGCCUCCUCCAACAACGACGCCUCCCUCUGGUGACAAAGGUGUGGAUAGGGGAACCAGUUCAUAUCACCUAUCAACUACAUAUGUCAUAGACUGAGGAUGAUGAGGGAAGACAGGGCGGGGAUAAUUACUCAUUGUUAGAAAUUUGUGUUAAUUAUUAUCACAUCCUCUCAAGAUUUAUUUUUUGCUGUCCACCUGGUAAAAUAUUGUAUGGGUUAUAUUUGUGUGUGGGAGUGGCAACAGUGGUCUGAUGACAUCACUACUUACCUGUAAUUGUUGUUUUAUUGUGUACCAUUCGGAUUGUUAUAUUCCGGUGCAGUUGUGCUCUGGAUUGUGUCAUUAACAAAUCACCUUUUAGCAGGAACAAUGAUGUUCCUCUAGCACAUGAUUUGACAGAUCAGAUUUAUUACUUUUAACGGGGAGGAAAUGCUUCAAAACUCAUUUGUGACACAAAGGUGGAGUUUUAAUAUAUAUAUACAUGUACAUGCAUGUGUUUUUUAAAUAUCUAUAAUGCAAUUCAACUGUCUGUCAAAUGGAGUAUGACCAGAGCAGUUUUUAGACAUCAUAAAUGUUGCAGCUGCCAAACCACUAGUUUCUGUAUGUUUGUAUCAAUAUUUGUUAAGCAUUAAAUUCAGCAGGUCAUUACAGGCUUCAAUCAAAAAUACAGGUGUCUCUCCCCUCCCAAGGAGUGUAAUGUUACAGUAUACAGCAGACAACAACCUGUUUGCCAUCAUAAAAAUGUUAUUAAUCUGUGAUAAUGUAUGUAAAUUGCAUACCAAUUCAAAAUCCUGCGUGAUUUAAUGAAUUUUGAACGUAGGAAAUGAAUAAUUUUAGUGUGGGAAGAAUCACCAAUCUUUUGGUUGCAGUAGGUGUGGAUGUAUGUUGUUAUUGAUGUAAUGGUGUUGUUAUGUGCUGUCACCCACAUGUGCCUUUUUUGUUGAACUUAUUCAUAGUUUAUUCUUUACACAAAAUGUGGAACAGGGACGUUAAUGUUAACAAUUAGAACAUAACAACAUACAAAUGUGUAGUGCCAAAGUGAAUACAGUUAUUGGGAUGUUUUAAGAUGAAGGGGUAACAGUGGAAAUUGAUGGAGGUGAGGUGGAGCAAUGACAAUUUCUGCAUAGAGAAUCAAAGGGCUUGAAAACAAUAUGAUAGUCCAUGGGUAUUGAUUUAAAUGAAGAGUAGUCUUGCUUGCUCACAUUUCAUGUGGGAUGUUACAAAGUAUGGUUUAUACCAUAAAAGCAACAAAAUUUUGACCUCCAUGAAAAUUUGUGGGUUUUACAGAAUAUUGAUUUUAAAAAUCUUGAAUAUGCAGAAAAGGAAUGUUAUGAAUCUUAAAAGGUCGCAGUGACCAAUAUCACGACCAUCGUGCUCUGUAAAAUUUGACUAGAACUUAACAUUUUUUUUGUUACCUGGAAAUUAUUUCUGAUACCAUAUGUUUGUAUUGAAUACAAACUUUCUAUACAUAUUAGUUGUGGCAUUCAUUUUUCAGUGGAUGUUUGAAGAAAAUAUGACAUAUUUUCUUAUGACACAGAAAAUAUGAAUAUUGACUAGUAUGUACAAUGUAGUUUAGUUUCAUACCAUAUUAUUCUUACCAGGUAUAUCGUGGUUUAUGUGUAAAUCAUAUAUGAACUACUUCAUAUUUUGUACUGUAAUAUAUUGGAAAACGAAAAAAAAUGCAUUGAUCAGAGAUCUGUUUUGUAAACCCUAGACUGUCUGUGAUUUUGCUUGGUGCUGACAAACUGAAAACUUCAGUGAUGUAUGAGGGUUUGCUUUGUUAGAAAUGUAGUGUUGUUGAACAUAUUCUAUGUGCAAUAAGGGUGUUCAUAUGGAAAUCUAUGGCAGUGUUGAUCAAGGUAAAAUGAAAAUGCUUGUAUCAAGUGUACAAAGACCAAAAUGUAAUAACAGGAUUAUUGCAUCCUUUCAAUUACUUAAUAAUUAAGGUUCGUUUUUCUGUCAUUAUAUAUAAUCGUCACUCCUCGGAUUUUCCUUAGUUAGAAACCAAGGUUACGUAAUACACAUGGUAAUGAUGGUAUGCAUAUCUUGUAUAACUUCAGAUGUAUGUGUCAUCAGUGGACUUGUAUUGAUCACAUCGUACAUACAUGUAAUGUAUUGGUUACUUUGAGUCCACUAAAUAUUGUGUGAAUUCAAUCAACACAUUGUCCUACAAUCAUGAAAUAUUAAUUUUAUCUAGUAAAAUGAGUAAAGAAAUCUUUUAAUACAUUAUCAUUGUAAUACUGUAAAACCUAUAUUUGAUUUAACUUUCUUGGACUUUUAUUAUGAUUUUAAAAUUUUUUAGUAGAGAAAUGGAAUAUUUGUAGAAACACUAGAUAUUGUUCUUUUUUGCCUGGUCUUGAGUCAACAUUUUUUGAUUCAGUUUCUGAUUUAUGUUUAAGUACAAUGGAAACAUGGGAAGUGUACUUCUCCGUAAUGGUCCUAGCAGAUUAUUACUUGUCACCCUAUGCUUUCAUUGUUUAUUUUCCACCAUGAUAUAAACAACCUGGAAAUUUAAUUACUUGAGUAUAUUCACAGAGUAAAUUGUAGGGUAUAUUGUAGCAAACUUUUUUUUAUGGUUGUUGCAUUUUUUUUUUUUACAUUAUUAGGUAUUUGUAGUGUACAUGUAUUAUUGUUUUAAUUUCGAAUUACUCUGUAGUAAGCUUAUUAGUGUAUGAUAUUCAAUAUGCAUUUCAAGAUCUGAUAGAUAACUAAAUACAUGCUCUUCUUCAACUGUUCUUUCCAAAUCAAUUAUUAUAAGAAUGUAAGUUGAAAAACUGGUUAUGGUUUUGGAAUACUGAUUGAAGAUUUUAUUCUAUAUUGUGUACGAGUCUAGUCUCUAACUUUUUUGUUCCUCAUAUUUCUUAUAUUUUGUGAUUGUUCAUUAUUUCUUAUAAAAUUAAAUAUUGUCACAUUAUGCA